UUAAAACCGUACAGCGUCUGGUGACGUCACUCUCAUUGACCAAUAAAAUUGUAGUGCCGUUGCUUUGUUAUUGUCGCCGUCUCUCAGCUCUGCGUCCUCAUUGGUCAAAUGACGGAGGAGGGGCGUGGGGUCCGGGAUUCAGUUAAUCGCGGGUCACUUUGAAAAGGUAUAGCAGUCGCAACAGUUUUGCGAACGUUCAUUUACACUAAACACCCCUCCCUUCCUAACCAACACAAUCACAAUGGCGCACGAACGCUACGGAAAGAAGAAAAGUAACGGCUCUCCGAAUGCCAGCGUUACAUAUAAGGCUAAAUGCGAGGCGGACACGUCUCAGUGUAGUGAGCUCAUUAACAGCGUGCUCAGCUCGGGCGAAGAGGCGCUGCGAACCGACUACCGACGGGCCGUGGUGCUCUACUGUGCCGUGUGCAGCGCCGUGUGGAGCGACUCGCUGGAGGUGUGCGGCGAGCACGAGCAGCUCAACUCCAUAGUGUGUCUCCGGGUAACUAAAGACGUUGUGGUGAAGGAGGAGCUCGAGUUCCGGCUAGAGGGUCGAUUGGAAGGGUGUACUUACAAUGCUCUUCAUUGCUCAGGCUGUCAGUGUUUUGUGGGUGUUGUCCUCAACUCUACCCCCAAGCAUCUGUCUGCACUUCGGAGUCUUUUCCUUUUGCAAAAAGAAAACAUUAACUGCUAUGUUUUAAAGACCGGUGCAAUUGUAAAAGCUUCUAGUGUAACCUUUAAAUCAAGAAACACUGGAACAAAUCUCGACGAGCUGAAGCAGGAAAUGGACAGUAUUGCAGAGCAAAUGUCACGGAUAGAGAGGAAGCUAAAAAGAGGGAAGAGCUACAGCGAUGGAUAAGUCCAGGAAAACACACUUCAGUAUCUAGGACUCUUGGAUUGUGUGGUACAAUAUGUUACCAGCUUGGUAAAAAGGCUGGAUGUAGCAUUUGUGUUUCGAGUGCUUCAUAGUCCAGCUGUUGCCAUUCCUUUGGGAGAGAAAGAUGGAAAAGUUUGUGCUCUUAAUCAUUAUGUGAAGUGCACCAUGACUGAUUCUCCCAUCCCCUGGCUAUGUGAAUUUACAAAGUAUAGGUCAAAAUAAAUAUUCCCCUAAUUUCUUUUAUAGUUGAAACCAUUUAU